AUGCCGAAUUGUUCGGUUAUAACGUGUCGGAAGAACAGCGGGAAAUGGAAUUUGAAGAAUGGAGGCAUAUCCUUCCACAAUUUUCCUGGAAAUCCGAAUAUCAAGAAAAUAUGGAUAGAAGCCACGGGAAGGCUCAACUGGAUGCCUACAAAAAAUAGUUGCAUUUGCUCAGAUCAUUUUUUUGAAACUGACUUUUUAUUAACACAUAGCAAAAGAUAUUUGAAGGAAAAUGCAAUUCCACGAAAAGAAAUUGUACAAAUAAAAUCUGCGCCGAUCGACUAUAAAAUAAACAACAGCUGCACCAACCCUUCAACUUCUAAUACUUGUGAAAGCGAUCCGUUAAAUCUGUCGGAAAGAACAACUAUAGCGUCACCUAUCUCUUCGGAUGAUUCAACGCCGCGAGAACGAAAAUUAAAAGAAAUAAUACAGGAUAAAGAAUAUGUAAUAACAAAACAACGAAAACAAAUCAAGAGAAUACAGGCGCAAAAUCGAAGACUCAAUGAGAAAAUUAAAAAGCUUGAAGACGUGCUAAGUAAACUACAAGAAAAGUCUUUGUGA